GCGAGGGCUCGCUGGCAUCCGUGCAGCCCACAGGCUGGUCAACUGAGUUCGUGGUCGUGCUUGUGGUGAGCUCCUUCGCAUACGGCAUCGUCGUAGGCGGCUUCUUCAUCAAGAGCUCUCGGACGGCCCCCGUGGUUCAGCCCGCACCCGCUCCAGCACCUCUGCCCGAGACGGUGGACACGCUCGACCUUGCGACGGCGGCUGCUGCCCAGGCGAGGCUCACGUUGCUGCCAGGGUACAUCCUCACCCCCGACGAUGACGACUACGCGGAGAGCGACCUGGCUGGCGACGACUUGAGAUCAGUGCAUGACUCGGCGGGCCAGGGCGACGCAAUCGUCGGAGUCGCCGCCCAUAGGCUCUUCAAGUUCAGGCGGCUGCCGUCCGCAGCCGUCGUCUGGGCUGCUGUGCGCCGCGGCGUCGCUCAAGGCCACGGACCUCUGCCGCCGUCGCCCUUCAACUUCGAGCUCAGCGCCGACAACGUGUUGGGCGUGGCGGCGGGGGCGCUGGGCUUGCCCGACCCGCUCGGAGCGGCGCCCGCUGCCGCAGCGCCUGGCGCCCUGGCCUUGGCGGGCGCGGCCGUGCCCCCCGCGGGCGCCCCUGGGCCGCCCGCCGCCGUGGCCGCGGCGCCCGAGGCCGGGGUGGGCGCGCUGGCGGCGGCGCUCGGCGCGGGGGGGGCCGCCCUGCCUGCUGCCGCGGACCCUUUGGGCGUCGGCGGCGCCGCCGCGGCCCCCGCCGCCCCAGGCGUCGCGGGACCUGAUCCCCGCGCGAUGGCCACCGUGCUCGACGCUCGUGGGCUGCGGGACAUGCCCUUCAGUGGCGCCGCGAAGCGCCAGACCGAGGCCGCCCGCGCCGACUGGCCCGUGAGGGGCCCUAGGACCACGACGCGGGUGCCCCACUUCAUGCUGCGCAUGGUUGGCGGGGCGAUGGCGUGGCACAACCGCUGGAUGGCCAUGAUACAGGCCCUGGAGACGGACGACACCGCCAAGCUCCACGAGACGCUGCGCCGCGUCAUCGAGACCUCGCUCUGCCACGACCAGCCGAUCAUCUGCGAGCUGGCCUCCUACGAGUUCCUUUCGCGGCAGCUGCAGUUGGUGGAGGAGCGCUUCUUCGAGGAGCGCGCGCGCAGGACUCAGCCUGCGCCCAAGGCCAAGGGCCAGGCCAAGGACGGCGCCGCGUCCGCGGCCGCCGAGGCCUCCUCGGAGAUUGGCCACUUCCUCGGCACGGGAGAGACGAUGGGCAAUUUGUGCAUUUGCCCAGCCUUGAUGGACUGGAUCGCCGGCCAGAUGAAGAGUGAGGUGACCGUCGCCAGCGUGACGUUUUUCCGCUCCCUCUUCUUCCAGUGGAUGGGCGUCGCCAUCUUCCGCUUGGUCGGGGUGCUCGUCUACGAGCCGCCAAAGGCAGCCUCAGUGGACUACAUCGCGGGCUUGUACCGCGACUUCGAGCUGCCCGCCGCCUACUCGGAGAGAGGCCGCGAUUGCGAAGCAUCCCUCGUAGAGAUGCUCGCGCAGGCACCUGGCUACGCUGGCGACAGCGGUCGUGUGCGCCCCUUCAGCAUGCCACUUGUGGCCUGGCCCGAGUCGACGAAGGCAGUCUCCACCUGCGGCGUCGUCUCCGAGGCCGACUCCAUCGUGCUGCAGGGUUGGAGGCAGAGUAUGCUGAAUCCCGAGUCGGUGGCGGCGGAGCUCCGUGAAUCGUUGGGGGUUAGUCGCCCCUAUGUGGAUCCCGAGCUGCGCUUUAAGCCGAAGUCCUACGCUGAGUUUUUGAAGCAGCUGGAGGCCCACGACAUGAUCACCUGGCGGGUCUCCAGCGAGCAGGCACCCUUCUCUACUGGUCUUUUCUUUGUGCUGAAGACUAACGGCAAGCUCAGGCUGGUGUUCGACACCAGGCUGGCCAACUGCAGCUUCUCGUGCCCACCAGCCACUCGCCUGCCCACGCCCAGCGCGUGGGCCAGCCUUGACUGCGACGACGGUUUUCAGUUCGCGCAGGGCGACAUCCAGUGUGCAUUCUAUCGUUUGCGACUGCCCGCUGGCAUGGAGUCUCUCUUCUCUUUGCCACCGAUAAGGAACAGAUUCCUCGGCCUCAAGUCGGUCAACGGGGUUCGUCUCGGCGUCGACGAUUAUCUCCAGCGUCUUGUCACGGUCGUUCCCAUGGGGUGGAGUUGGGCUCUACACUUGUGCCAGAGUGCGCUGACGAGAGCCCUGUCGGAUGUCGGGUUUGGCAGUGACGAUAUGAUUCUGGAUGGGGGAUGUCCUCGUCCCUUGGUGGCGGAGAAGGACGCGGUGUGUGCUGGUUAUGUUGACAACUUCUGUGUCGUAUCCAAGUGCGCGGAGACAGCCACGUCCCUUGCUCGUGCCGUUGCUGACCUUCUCACUGCCCGCGGGUUGCCUGUCUUGGAGUUCUCCCCUGCGGUCUGUAAGGGGGUCUUCACGGGCUUGGAGAUCGACGGAACCUCUGGGAUCAUUCGCGUUCGUCCUGACCGCCUCGCUUGCACUCGGCAAGCCGUUCUCGGACUGUUGAAGCGCGGGCGGGCCUCUGCUGGGGCCCUCAGCGUGCUCGUAGGCCACUGUACCUGGGGGAUGAUCCUGAGGCGCGACGUUCUGAGCAUCUUUAACGCGGUCGAUCGGUUCAUGGGGGCUGUGGGACCCCAUCCUAGACCCUUGUGGCCCUCCGUCGUCAGGGAGUUGUCGGCUGCCGUGGCCCUCAUCCCGCUCUGGAGUGCCUCUACAAG